UGUACAUUGUACAAACCAACCACAUUUUUGACUCAAGUUUCCAUUUUUAUUUCUGGGUUUUUCUUUUUCUUUCAACAAAUAUUUCUGGGUGUUGUUGUUUUUUACUGUAAAGAUUCAUAAAGUCUUGUUUUUUGUGGAAACAAGAUUAUGAAGUUUGUAAUUUUGUGGGUGAUUUUGUUUGGGGCUUCUGUUUCUUUGGUGAGUGCUUCUGAUAGUCUUCUUUCCCCAAAAGGUGUCAACUUUGAAGUGGCAGCAUUGAUGUCAAUGAAGGGUAAAUUGAUAGAUGAGUAUCAUGUGCUUGAUGGAUGGGAUAUUAAUUCUGUUGAUCCAUGUACUUGGAACAUGGUUGCCUGUUCUUCAGAGGGUUUUGUUAUUUCUCUUGAAAUGGCUAGUACCGGAUUAGCAGGGACAUUAUCCCCAAGUAUCGGGAACUUAGGACGCCUACGCACAUUGUUACUACAGAACAACGCAUUAUCGGGUCCAAUCCCAGCUGAAAUUGGUAAGCUUACAGGAUUGGAAACUCUUGAUUUAUCAAGUAAUCAGUUUGUAGGCGAAAUUCCAAGCUCUUUGGGCUCCUUGACUCAUCUAAGUUAUCUGAGACUAAACAAAAACAAGUUGUCAGGUGAUAUUCCUGGACCUGUGGCAAACCUCACAGGUCUUUCAUUCUUGGAUGUGUCGUUUAAUAAUCUCAGUGGUGCCUCUCCAAAAAUAAGAGCUAAAGAUUAUAGGAUCACUGGGAAUAACUAUCUUUGCACUUCAUCAUCCUCGUUAAAUUGUGUGAAUGCCCCCCAAGUGGGAGAUGAAAGUAAUUCAAAAAAACAAGUUGACAAGCGGCAUCGUUGGAUUGUGUCUGUUAUGGUUGGAGUUAGUUGCACGCUCGUAAUUUCUAUAAUGCUUGUUGUUUGUGGGGUCCAUUGGUACCGAGCUCGCCUUAUAUGUACAUCCUAUGUGCAGCAAGAUUACGAGUUUAAUGUCAGUCAUUUACAGAGGUUUACAUUCCGUGAAUUGCAAGUCGCAACAGGGAAUUUUAGUUCCAAAAACAUUCUAGGCCAAGGUGGGUUUGGAGUAGUCUACAGAGGGUGUCUUUUAAAUAGGACUUUGGUGGCUGUGAAAAGACUAAAAGACCCUAAUUUCUCCGGGGAAGUGCAAUUUCAGACUGAACUUGAGAUGAUAAGCUUGGCAUUGCACCGGAAUCUUUUACGUCUUUAUGGGUUUUGUUUGACUUCUGAUGAGAGAUUACUUGUUUAUCCUUAUAUGCCCAAUGGAAGUGUUGCAGAUCGCUUGAGAGAUGGUGGUCGGGAAACACCACUUUUGGAUUGGAGUAGACGAAUGCAUAUUGCACUUGGAGCCGCAAGGGGACUUCUAUACUUGCAUGAACAAUGUAACCCUAAGAUAAUCCAUAGAGACGUUAAAGCUGCAAAUAUUUUGCUUGAUGAGAAUUUUGAAGCAGUGGUUGGUGAUUUUGGUCUUGCUAAGUUAUUAGAUCCCCGAGAUUCACAUGUCACAACCGCUGUUCGAGGCACUGUGGGCCACAUUGCCCCAGAAUAUCUAUCAACUGGACAAUCUUCAGAGAAAACAGAUGUUUUUGGAUUUGGUAUACUUCUUUUGGAACUCAUAACUGGACAAAAGGCAUUAGAUUCUGGGAAUGGUCAAGUUCAAAAGGGAAUGAUUCUUGAUUUGGUUCGAACUUUAUAUGAAGAGAAGCGGUUGCAAGUACUAAUAGACAGGGAUCUAAAAGGAUGUUAUGAUGCAGAAGAGCUAAGCAAGGCCGUUGAACUUGCACUUCUUUGCACUCAACCACACCCGGCCCUUAGACCUAAGAUGUCUGAAGUCAUGAAGGUUCUAGAAGAUAUUACAGGUCAACCAUGCAAUUUGGAGGAGACACAAACUGGAGCCACCCAACAAUGUGAUGGAACAACUUUCAGUUUUUCUAUGAAUUCUAGUGAUGUUCGUGAUGGGAAUUCAUUCACACUCGAAGCGAUGGAGCUCUCAGGACCUCGUUAACAGAUCUUUAUGGUGUAUACUGUAUCGAAAAAUUAAAUGUAGUGUAAUUGUGAAUAUUAGAAGUUGUAGGUUUCUACUUUGGGAAGAUAUUAUCUUGGAUUUGUAUAGAGAGGAGCCAUAAGUUUUGUAGUUAAUGGCAUGGCUUAGACAGAUUCAGUACUUAAGGAUUAUGGUGCAAGCUCAUCACACAUGAGCAUAAAAUAUCUUAAAAAGUUAUACUUGAAACA